ACAAUCACAGCCGCUUCUGGGUUUGCAUUCAUCUGCUUGCCGAUCAGGCAGUACAGCUCCUCCAGCGCUAGCUCGCGGUGGUAUAUAGGUGGCUACAAUCAGGAUUGAGCAAAUCUCUCUCACCGUUUUGAAAGGUCUGCAUUUCACUGCCAUAUAUUCCAAGUCCAGGGAGCAAUGUGUUCCAGUGAUGGUCGUAGCUGUGCACCAGACGUUGUGGAUGUACAGCGCCAGACCUCCACCUCUCUGUUUAGCAGAUGCUGCAGUCCUGUCUGCUCGAAACAAGGAGCGUCCCUCCAGCUCUACCGCAGCGUCCGGGAUGUUGUCAUCCAACCAGGUUUCAGUUAUAAUCGCCACACAGCUGUCCUUCCUCCGUGAGACGAUUCGCAGCCGAAUCUCGUCUAUUUUGUUGGUGACAGUACUAGAAUAUCUUUCAUCAAGACAAAAAGCUGAACUGCUUCUUGAACCAAACAGCUUGUCAAAUGAAACCCUUGUGAGACUUGUGUUCACACAACUUAAUUUGUCAAGUUUGGAAGAUCUUGGCUCUUUUUUUGACCAAUUUGUUACUGGUGCAAAAGAGCAAAACUUGACAACCAUUGACCCAAGGGUGCGUGGCACCAUCCUAAAUCUGACACUAUCUGCGCUCAGCCCCAAAAUGUCCAUGUUUGAUGCUGAGGCGUUCAAGUUAUGGUUCCAGGUCUACCUACCUCUGAUCCUCCCAGGCAUUGACUCAAGUACAUUUGAAAGUAUUCCAAGAAAUAUCAGCUGUGUGUCCUAUCAAGCAAUUGUCAAGGGAUGCGACCGUGUUUUCACCCAGCUCUCCGUGGGGCAGACCCAACAGGUUUUCAAGUUCAUAAUGGACUAUUUUGGAAAACAUUAUUCCUCAGGUCGCUCCUGUGUUGAAGCUGGAAAUGAUGACAGGCAAUGGCUCCAAGACAACUUUGGUAAAUUCUAUGUGCUCGCCUCCUACAAAGAUUUUGUGACCUUGAAGAACAAUUUCAAUGGA